UACUGUGUAUGGUUUUCACCCAUUCAUCAAUAGAAGCUGUUUAAAAAUAUUUUUAACAAGAUUAAUUGACAAGGCUGGAUUAAUUAACCUAGAGAUACGUCUCGUGUCGGUACGUAGCGCCGCAACAUCGCCCUCUGUUGCCCCGGAGAUGGAACGACAUGUCUCCUUUUGUCAGCGACAGCCAGCCAGUCACACAGUCGUUCCGUCGGGUUUGUCUGUGGUGCUAGCCGCCUGAAUGUAGAUCCGCAUGGGCUACUACUACUCUUUCUCUCCAAAUAACCCAGCGGAAUCAUAAGAUAAGGAUCCCAGGAUGGUCUUAGUGCAUGUCGGAUAUCUGGUUCUUCCUGUAUUCGGCUCAGUAAGAAACAGAGGAUCCCAUUUCAACCGGCAACAGCAACAGCAGCAGCAGCAGCAGCACAGCCAUGCUACCUCUUGCCGGCACUUCCAGUUAGGUCCUCAGGCCCCGCUGCCCAUGGACUUCCCCAUGCCCCACCCAGGGCAGCCACAGUCAGGCAUUAACCCCCACCUGGCCCCUCCCGGCCACCAGCAUGGCCCUCCGCUCCACCCGCCCCUCAACCCCCUGCCCGCUCCCCAGUUCCAGGACAUCCCUGCCCCUCCCUUCCUACCUCAGGCAUUACACCAGCAAUACCUCCUCCAGCAGCAGAUCCUCGAGGCACAGCACCGACACAUCCUGCCACCCUCCAGUAGACGCACCCCAGAGAGAGUUCCACACCAGCCCCACAGACUGCGGCCCGGCUAUGAGUUUGCCCCCCCUCUUCAUGUCCCUCCUCAGCCUGUGGUGCAGCAGCCCCGCUACCUGGCUGAGGGCACAGACUGGGAUCUAAGCGUAGAUGCUGGGCUGCCCCCCCACCAGUAUCACAUCCAUCCGCUGCCGCAGCACUAUCAGCACUACUUGACCUCUCCUAGGAUGCACCACUUCCCUAGAAACAAUGCCUCAACACAAGUGGUUGUCCAUGAGAUCAGAAACUACCCAUAUCCCCAGCUGCACUUGCUGGCUCUGCAGAGUCUCAACCCCUCCCGCCACGCGUCUGCUGUUAGAGAGAGCUACGAGGAGCUCCUGCAGCUGGAGGACAGGCUGGGCAGUGUAAACCGUGGAGCGGUCCAAACCACCAUAGAGAGAUUCACCUUCCCCCAUAAGUACAAAAAGAGAAUACCCCAGGACCUGAAGAUGUGUCUGGAUGAUGAGGAGCUGGACACCGAUGAGAAGUGCACCAUCUGUCUGUCGAUGCUGGAGGAUGGAGAGGAUGUCAGGAGAUUACCCUGCAUGCACCUCUUCCACCAGGCGUGUGUGGACCAGUGGCUGGCCACCAGCAGAAAGUGCCCCAUCUGCAGAGUGGACAUUGAGACCCAACUGACCCCCGACAGUUGAUAGCUCCUGUCGACUCCUGCAGCUUUGGAUCUGGUCUUGUUAAUUCUCCAUUGCCUCCCCUCUGAGGGGGAAGCUCUGCCAAACACCCCUCUCUUCCCCCUCUGCAUCACUCAACGAGCCUGCCUUCUGAGACAGCUGUGACAGAGGGAUCAACAAAGCACACUCACCUACAACACAACGAGGGACGGGGGUUGAUGCAUAGACAGGUGGCUGGACUGAAGGUUGGUUUGAAUGGACUUGCUGGAUGUAAAAGGAAGGAGCGGACACGUGUGGACAGAUGUGCUGAGGCUUCACACACAGAUUCUGUCAGAUUGUGUACCCUGUGUACAUUUCUCCAUACAGCCAUGAAGAGAGGACACCACCAACCUCCCCAGCUCAGUGUGGCGUAUUAAGGCCAUUUCUCUGCCACUACAUCUAAACCCUUUCCCCCCAGGCCUGUGAAAAAAUCCUUUAAGCUGCACUCUGCCCAAGCCCUCAGCACAUCUGUACAGAACAUUAUCAAAAUGAUUAGCAUGAGGUUGUUUGGUGUGAACUCUCGUAGCUGAACGCUUGUGGUGUAAUGGAGUAUAGUACAGAAUAAGUAUUUACAGAGUAACAGUGUUGUGUAGCAAGCAAAAGCCUUUUGAGAAAUAUGUUUGUGAAAAAUAAAACCUACAGAGAGGGUGAAAGCGGCUCAAAUAAGAGAGCACGUUAAUUAAUCAUAGAUGAGGAAAGAGCUAGUUGUGUAAAAAGGCCAAAAAUCCCUCUUUCCUGUCUAACGUGGUUUUGGAUUUACAGUUAGUAGAUGCCAUCAGAGUUGAUGCAAAACCCGCUAACUGCAGGCAUGGCUUCCAGUGAUCUGUGUAGUGUCGUAGUGGGGCCUCUAUUAUCUAGAGCAGAGGCCUCAGAUGUGCAUGCUGUAUGGCAGGCUUGGGCUGUGUCGUUAAUAUUGUGGAGCAGUAGAAACAGGGACUGUGUGUCUGUGCAUGUGAACCGUAUACUAUGACUCUGAUGAUCCCACUCAUUCAUAGAGGAGGACAAGAAUGCACCUAAUCCCCCACCCCCCUACACCCUCCCCUCACUCAUCCCGAGUAGACCAAAGUUGCCCUUAGACACUGAUCUCAGACCAAUGUAGCAUUUCUCUCCUGAUGCUAAGGAUUCAAAGAGCUGCUAGUAGAUCUGUGUCUAACUGCAACUCCUCUCUGUUGUUGCCUCGCUCAUGGCAUGAUCACAUGACAUGAGAGGCUGGCAUGGGCUUGAGGAUGCAGUGCCUGAGGUCUUGCCAUCAGAGUGAAUAAAAUCUGACAUUUGUAUUACCUAUUACCAGAACCUUAUUGCCUAUCAAACAAGCACAUGUGAUUUCUAUAUACAGUGAAUCGCCUCUGUUGUGUAUCGGCUCCUAUUCAUUUCAAUCUGAGUUGCUCCCACUGUUAUGGUAAAAAGACUGUGUCUGGUGUUACAGGGAAAAUACAAACUAGUUUGCCUGUGAUAUGUGCUAGAAUGUGUAUGAUUGUCCCCACCCCCUCUCCCUCAUGGUAGUAGUGUAUGGUAUUGCUAGAACAACUGUGAUACGUUCAGUGAUAAAAGCCGUUUUCUCUAUAUCAUGCAUGAACCAUGUCGGCGUAGUUCACUUGAAGGAGGGUGAAAGGGAGAAAAAGCCAUCCAUUUGAAAAAUACCAAACAAUUGUUCUUAACAUUAAUUUUAUUUUUAAUUGUCUUUUUCUGCCAUUUUCUUUUUAUUCUUACUUGUUUUUUUUGUUUGUUUUUUUGCUCACAUGCCAAUUUGGACAUGGUACUAAUAUGCCCAGUCCGUGUCCAUUUUAACCAUAGUGAAGAAAAAGCUGCAAUGCUGCAAAAACAUAUUUAUUGUUGUUAUAAUGUAGCUUGUGUUUUGUAAAUGCACUAUAAUAUGGAGUUGCCUGUUUUUUUGGUUUGGUGGUGUGGGUUCUUCUUGUCCUAGAUUUUGUGUUUCAAUUCAGUUACAAGUAUUUUCAUGCUUCCUUGUGUAUUAUUGGAGGGUAACUUGACUGUUUGUGUUGCGUUUUUUUUUUCUUUUUGUAUGAAACCUCCAUCCAAAAAACUACAGAUGGAUGAAAAUGGAGGUUUUGCUAGUUCACAUAGAAUGCUGUGAUUAAAGAUGCCUUAAGUAUUUAACAAUCAUUAUUUAUUACUAACUGUAGCUAGCUAGCUAUCGUGGUGGAAUAUUUAAUGUCUCUAUCUCAUAACUUUGCAAUUUAAUCAAUAUAUUUAUUUAAAAUAACACAAAAUAUUAAAAAAAAGAAUACCUCAUUAUGCAUUGGUCGGUGGGGAUGCUUUUGCAUGCCGUCUGUGUUUUCUUUUUCAAAGGAGAAAAAAAGAAACCUGUUGAAAAACUGACUUGGAGGGGGUGUUUCCCAACACAUUUUCUAGCCAGCAUGGUGCUGUUGAUCUGGAUUACAUUCCAUUCAUGUCACCUCUCUUGAUUUUAAUAUUCAAUCUUACCAUUUUUUUUUAAACAUCACCCCUGCUUUGAUCUGAAGCAGGUGACGGGGUAUGGCCCCUUUUUGUCUUAGUAUGACU